AUGGCCGAGCCAGCUCUUUUGUCGAUCUCUGAACGGCUGCAUCGAGUGCAGCGCCAUACAGCACGCUGCCAGCAGGAACUCGACACAAUUCAGUCUCCGGAAGCGCAGUACGACGAGCAAACGGCGCGCAUCAGGUCUCAGCUUGAUGCCUGUUGGAAAAAGUACGAUGAUCGAAGUCUUCCGACCCAAACUGAGGUGCGGGCCGAGAUCAUCAAUCACGGACGUGAACUCGAGAGGUUGAAGUCCCGUUAUGAGGCGGGCCUCGCCGCUGCGAAAGCGACUUACAAGCGUCGCGUUGAGGGCGUGUGGGAGAAAUACCGCGGAGGGCUCCUCGCCAUAGUGCCGGCACUCCAAGGGCAUGGCGUACAGGGAUGCAGGAGUGCAAUCGCGCCAUCUGACUCCCCCACCCCAGCCAGCCGCAAACGCGGAGCGUCCGGGGGUCUCCCCGUGCGAAAGAGACUGCGCACUGGCAACACCACAGUAGGGGCGUCGAACCAGGACCACGCGACCGGUAGCAUUCCUCAGAUACCAGCUACGGAUUCUCCAGCCCGCGAAGAUUCAGAACAGCUAGGCGAUAGAUCCGUUGCAUCGCCAGAGGUCGGCAAGUUGUAUCUCACAUCGUGGGGAAAGUCGCACGCCUGGUCAGCCGUGCUUCUGCUGCCACUGGAGAACCUUCGCAGUGUCGGCGUCCCCUACAGCCUUGCCGAUCUCGGAUUAACGGAUCCGCUUCCAGAGUGCUAUGAAUAUAGCCCUCGGAAUGAGCCACCUCGCUUGCGUCCUUGUUAUGAAACGGGAGGGGCUCGAGUCGCUGAGAGACAGUAUCCUAUCAUCUAUUUUGAUGGGCGGGAGUUCCCGCGAAAGAGCGCCGUCGGCUGGGUGACUGCAAACGACCUGCGGCCCUUCGAUCCGAACGAUGGGAAGAUCCUCAAACUCGUUGAGCACCGCGGCCAGGUGCGCAAGUAUAUUGACGAUCAAGAAGCGCACCGAUUGACCACCGGGUCCGCCUAUGAAUGUCACCAACCCGUCACCAGCCUCCGCGACGGAGAGCCCGAGCCGCCAUCUGAGAAAACUGCGGAAUCCUCACCCCUGAGUGAGUGGGACUCGUCCAGCGGAUGUGACGACGAAGCGCCUGUUGCACAGAGUGUCCCCGGAAUGAAAGUCACGUCAGAAACACAACCGCAGGUUAUACAGGAGACGCGUGCCGGCGGCGGCAAUGUUCACGGUGCCCACGACGCCCACGACGCCCACGACGCCCACGACGCCCACGAUGCCCACGAUGCGAACAAAGUGCGGCAGGACGCUACUGCCGCGGCUUCCAACGGCCAACCAGGGGCGCCAACACAGUGCUGUGACGCCGCACAGGGAAUAUUGCAGAGCAAGGUCGCAGAGCCACAAGCCUGCGACUCGCCAUCAGAUCCUCCGGUGGAGAGUAAGCCGUCGAGACAGCACUGGUGA